GUGACGUUUCUAGUCUUCUUGUGAGUACCGCAGCUAAACAACAAACAUCCAGGAGUGUCUGGUUAACGCACGUACUUUUUACAUUUGUUUUACGGGCCUGUUUUAAAAGGCGAACAUGUCGGGACAAAACGCCCUAAAUGUCAAACAGCCGCCGAUUCAAUCCACGGCAGGAGCUGUACCGGUUCGGAAUGAAAAAGGUGAAAUUUCUAUGGAAAAGGUGAAGGUAAAGAGAUAUGUGUCAGGAAAACGGCCAGAUUAUGCUCCAAUGGAGUCUUCAGAUGAGGAGGAAGAGGACUUCCAGUUUGUUAAGAAAGGCAAGGAGGCCGAACCGGAGAUUGAAAUGGAAGAGGAGGAAAUAUCGGAUCCUCGUCUUCGACGUCUUCUGAACCGUGCAACAGAAGAUGUUGAAGAAAAACUGGCACGACACAGACAAAUAGCUGAACCAGAGCUGAUUCCUGAGAGCAGCGAGGAUUCAGAUGAAGGAACUUGGCACCCUGAGCGAGAGGAGAGCAGUGAAGAUGAGGAAGAAGAGGAGGAGGUGGAUGAUGAGGAAAUUGAGAGACGGCGAGCAAUGAUGCGGCAGCGAGCCCAGGAGAGGAAGAACGAGGAGAUGGAGAUCAUGGAGGUGGAGGAAGAGGGGAAAUCUGGAGAAGAGUCAGAGUCUGAGUCUGAGUAUGAGGAAUACACAGACAGUGAGGAUGAAACUGAGCCACGGUUAAAACCUGUCUUCAUCCGCAAGAAGGAUAGAGUAACUGUGGCUGAGCGCGAGGCUGAGGAGCAGAGACAAAAAGAGGUGGAAGCUGAGGCCAAGAAGCAGGCUGAGGAGAGGCGCCGCUACACCCUGAAGAUCGUAGAGGAGGAGGCCAAGAAGGAGUUUGAGGAAAACAGGCGCACCCUGGCUGCCCUGGAAGCCUUGGACACAGAUGGUGAAAAUGAGGAAGAAGAGUAUGAGGCCUGGAAGGUCAGAGAGCUGAAGCGAAUCAAGAGGGACAGAGAGUCUCGUGAAGCGCUUGAGAAGGAGAAAGCAGAGAUUGAUAGAUUCCACAAUCUCACAGAAGAGGAGCGUAGAGCAGAACUUCGUAAUAACGGUAGAGUUGUUACCAACAAAGCAAUAAAGGGCAAAUAUAAGUUCCUGCAGAAGUACUACCACAGAGGAGCUUUCUUCAUGGAUGAAGAGCAGGAUGUGUUCAAGAGAGACUUCAGUGCUCCAACCCUUGAGGACCACUUCAACAAAACAAUUCUGCCCAAAGUUAUGCAGGUCAAGAACUUUGGCCGUUCAGGACGCACCAAGUACACACAUCUGGUGGACCAAGACACCACCUCGUUUGACUCCGCAUGGGCACAGGAGACUGCACAGAACAGCAAGUUUUUCAAACAGAAGGCAGGGGGUGUCAGAGAUGUGUUCGACCGCCCCUCAGUGCAGAAGAGGAAGACCUGAGCGGCUUUUUGGACAGCCGUGAAAGUUAUAAAGAACUGUUUUGCCUCCCGAUCACCCAUUUGUGAAUUGUGUUUUGUAUGCAACACUGAAAGUGUAAAGUCCCAGUUAGAGUGAAUGAAUCUUGGUUUAUUGCAUUUUAACUUUGUACAUCUGAUGAGGGAUUCCUACAGAAUCUUUCUGCUUAGACCUUGUAAAAAAUCUUAGUUAUUGCUAAUAAAUUACUACGAUGGGUAGAAAUGAA